AUGGCUACACUAUCAGAGAACCCAUUGCCCGUUCUACGAAACUCCGCCAAACGAACACGCGAAGUCUUCGCAGCAGACUUCGCGUCGCCUGCCGCGCUCGAUCACACCCUCACACCUCGAUUCACGAUAGAACCGUCGCGCCCAUCACCCCGAGAGCAAGCAGACACAUCAUAUAUAUCGACGCGGAUACGGAACGAAUUCGAAGACGCGAAAGAGCUCCCCCCCGCACUCGCAGCGAAGCAGGCCAACGCAGCCGCCGUCGCCGCCGCGCGCAAGAAGAGCAAGAAGGGCCAAGAUGCCGCUGACGAGCAACCGACAGACCCGAAGAUGCGCAAGAUGAUAGAAGGCGUGGCACAGAAGGGCUCGGCGGCCAAGUCAGACAUAUCCACGGCGCUUACGGUGCGGAAGAAAGGGACUGGGUCGGCGCCCAAUGCGCUUGGGCCUACGCUGCAGAAGAACACGCCUUCCACGGCUCUUGUGCGCAAGGAUACUGUUAGACAAGUGCGUCCGGACUGGCAUGCGCCGUGGAAACUCAUGCGCGUCAUCUCAGGGCAUCUGGGCUGGGUGAGGGCGUUGGCAGUCGAGCCGGACAACAAGUGGUUUGCCAGCGGAGCGGGCGAUCGCACGAUCAAGAUCUGGGACCUGGCGUCUGGGAUGCUGAAGCUGACCUUGACCGGGCACAUCUCGACUGUUCGUGGACUGGCGGUGUCGCCGCGACAUCCGUACCUGUUCUCGUGCGGAGAAGACAAGAUGGUGAAGUGCUGGGACUUGGAGACGAACAAAGUGAUACGCCACUACCACGGACACUUGAGCGGUGUCUACACGCUCAGCUUACACCCGACGCUAGAUGUCUUGGUAACGGGCGGCAGAGACGGAGUGUGUCGAGUAUGGGACAUGCGGACACGGAGUAACAUCCACGUGCUCAGCGGCCACAAAGGCACAGUGGCAGACCUAAAGUGUCAAGAAGCCGACCCCCAGGUCAUCAGCGCCUCUCUAGACUCGACAAUCAGGAUGUGGGAUCUCGCGGCGGGCAAGACGAUGGGCGUCCUGACACACCACAAGAAGGGCGUGCGAUCGCUCGCGGUGCACCCCAAGGAAUUCACCUUUGCAAGCGGGAGCUCCGGGCAGAUCAAGCAGUGGAAGUGCCCCGAGGGCGCCUUCAUGCAGAACUUUGACGGCCACAACUCCAUCAUUUCCUCGCUCAGCGUCAACGAGGACAACGUCCUGUUCUCCGGCGGCGACAACGGCACCAUCAGCUUCUGGGACUGGAAAACGGGCCACCGCUUCCAGCACCAGGACAGCAUCGCCCAACCCGGCUCCCUCGACGCCGAAGCAGGCAUCAUGAGCUCCACCUUUGACCGCACCGGCCUCCGCCUCAUCACCGGCGAAGCAGACAAGUCAAUCAAAAUGUGGAAACUCGACGAUGACGCCACGCCUGAAUCACACCCGCUUGACUGGAAGCCUACGCUUGGCCGUCGGAAGUUUUAG